UGUUCAGCCAAGUUUUCCUUUCAAGAGAAGCAAAGAUUGUCAGGUAUGGUCUGAGGCCAUUUCAGCUGCAGCUUCCUAGGGAAACUGCUGUUAUAAAAAGAAGUAUAGAAAUGUGAGAAGCAUGCACUAAACGCUUUAACUCAACCAACGAAACAAAUCAUUAGAAAAAUGGACUUCUGGUAACUAAGGGUGAGAGUAUUCAGGAACCUGCUGGCAAUUUCUUUUCUUUCUUCUUCUUCUUCAUCUUUUUUGUUGUUGUUGUUGUUAAAGGGAAGCUGAGUAUCAAAAGGAUAUGGAGAUACAAUCGACCUUACACACUUAGAGUGUUUAAAAUACAAUCCCUGUAUUUGUUCUCAGCUCAGAAGCGCGGGGCUUGGUCUUUGUUACCUAUUGGGUUUCAGGAAGGCUGACUUGAGAUGCGCCGUUGCCAUUUCCUGGCCUUCGCUUAUGUAUUUAUUUAUUUAUUUUCCGGCGCUGGCAGCCAGCCCCUUUGUUGCGCCUCCUCUGCAUUCAUUUCUCUCUGCCCUCGCACCUCCAUGCAGUGCGAUGGGGCUUUUUCCCAGAUCUUCCUGCCGAGAGCCCGGGACAGCUAACCUCCCCGCAUCCGAUAAAGGCUGGGGAAUGUUGGGCUGGGACCGCGCAGCUCCGAGCGCCGACCCGCUUUGUGUGCGCGUUUGUUUGUCUCCACUGCGGUCCGACCGCGGCCGCGACCCCCGAGGAGGCGGGGCCUCCGCGCGCCCGGCUCCGCCUGGUGAGGGUUUCACGGCCGCCGCCGCCGCCGCCCUCGUUUGUUCCGUUAGAUCGCGCAACCCCGACCGCUGCACCCAGACCCUAGCAAGCCGAGCGAGGCUGCCCGGGAGCCCUCGAUGGCCUGCGUUCCACCCAAGCCCGCUUCUUGCUUUCUCCCGCGCUUCCUCACUUUUCCUGGUUAACAGCUUACUGGCGGGGAGCUCGGCAAAACUCAGACUGAAAAAGAAAAAGCGAAAAGAAGGCACAAAUUCGAUGCACCGGUGUCGGUCCUCCAGAGUUUGUGAAGGGGCGUAAACAUGUCGGAGUCGGGGGAGAUGAGUGAAUUUGGCUACAUCAUGGAAUUGCUAGCUAAAGGCAAGGUUACCAUUAAGAAUAUUGAAAGGGAGCUCAUUUGCCCAGCAUGCAAGGAGCUGUUUACCCACCCAUUGAUUCUCCCUUGCCAACAUAGUAUCUGUCAUAAAUGUGUAAAAGAACUCCUGCUGACUCUUGAUGAUUCAUUCAAUGACGUGGGAUCAGACAACUCCAAUCAAAGCAGUCCUCGACUUCGGCUCCCUUCCCCUAGCAUGGAUAAAAUUGACCGAAUUAACAGACCAGGUCAUAAGAAGAUAUUAAAUGGCUGGAAGCGCAAUUCAUUGACCCCGAGGACAACCAUUUUCCCUUGCCCUGGCUGUGAGCAUGAUGUGGAUCUUGGAGAACGAGGAAUCAAUGGUCUGUUUCGAAACUUCACUUUGGAGACUAUUGUCGAAAGAUACCGGCAGGCAGCUAGGGCAGCCACAGCUAUUAUGUGUGACCUUUGUAAACCACCACCUCAAGAAUCUACAAAAAGCUGCAUGGACUGUAGUGCAAGUUACUGUAAUGAAUGCUUCAAAAUUUAUCAUCCUUGGGGGACUGUAAAAGCUCAGCAUGAGUAUGUUGGCCCAACUACUAACUUUAGGCCCAAAAUUUUAAUGUGCCCAGAACAUGAAACAGAGAGAAUAAACAUGUACUGUGAAUUAUGUAGGAGACCCGUUUGCCAUCUCUGUAAGUUGGGUGGUAAUCAUUCCAACCACCGUGUAACCACUAUGAGCAGUGCCUACAAAACCUUAAAGGAAAAGCUUUCAAAGGAUAUUGAUUACCUUAUUGGUAAGGAAAGCCAGGUGAAGAGUCAGAUUUCUGAACUAAACUUGUUAAUGAAAGAAACAGAGUGUAAUGGAGAGAGGGCUAAAGAAGAAGCAAUUACACAUUUUGAAAAGCUCUUUGAAAUUCUGGAAGAGAGGAAAUCAUCUGUUUUGAAAGCAAUUGACUCAUCUAAGAAACUAAGAUUAGACAAAUUUCAGACUCAAAUGGAAGAGUACCGGGGACUUCUAGAGAACAAUGGACUUGUGGGAUACGCUCAAGAAGUGCUAAAGGAGACAGAUCAGUCUUGCUUUGUGCAGACAGCAAAGCAGCUCCACCUCAGAAUACAGAAAGCCACAGAAUCUUUGAAGAGCUUUAGACCUGCAGCUCAGACUUCUUUUGAAGACUAUGUUGUCAAUACCUCUAAACAAACAGAACUUCUUGGAGAAUUGUCUUUUUUCUCUAGCGGCAUAGAUGUGCCAGAGAUCAAUGAGGAACAGAGCAAAGUUUAUAAUAAUGCGUUGAUAAAUUGGCAACAUCCAGAAAAGGAUAAAGCUGAUAGCUAUGUUCUUGAAUAUCGGAAGAUCAACAGAGAUGAUGAAAUGUUGUCAUGGAAUGAGGUUGAAGUGUGUGGAACAAGUAAAAUAAUUCAAGACCUGGAAAACAGUAGUACCUAUGCUUUCAGAGUAAGAGCUUACAAGGGUUCAAUCUGUAGUCCUUGCAGCAGAGAAUUAAUUCUUCAUACUCCUCCAGCUCCAGUUUUCAGCUUCCUCUUUGAUGAAAAAUGUGGCUAUAAUAACGAACACCUCCUGCUGAACCUGAAGAGAGACCGUGUAGAGAGUAGAGCUGGAUAUAAUCUUCUGCUUGCUGCGGAACGCAUCCAAGUGGGUUAUUACACAAGCUUAGACUACAUCAUUGGAGAUACUGGCAUUACAAAAGGAAAACACUUCUGGGCCUUCCGUGUGGAACCGUAUUCAUACCUGGUAAAAGUGGGAGUUGCUUCUAGCGAUAAACUACAAGAAUGGCUCCGUUCUCCUCGGGAUGCAGUUAGUCCAAGAUAUGAGCAAGACAGUGGGCAUGACAGUGGAAGUGAGGAUGCCUGUUUUGAUUCUUCACAACCCUUUACCUUAGUUACUAUAGGCAUGAAGAAAUUUUUUAUACCCAAGUCACCGACUUCUUCUAAUGAUCCUGAAAAUAGAGUUCUUCCUAUGCCAACAAGCAUUGGGAUUUUCCUUGACUAUGAUAAAGGAAAAGUAAGUUUCUAUGAUAUGGAUCACAUGAAAUGCCUUUAUGAGCGCCAAGUGGACUGUUCACAUACACUGUAUCCAGCAUUUGCAUUAAUGGGCAGUGGAGGAAUUCAGCUUGAAGAACCCAUCACAGCAAAAUAUCUGGAAUACCAAGAGAACAUGUAGUUGAAACAUCUGAUGUGACUCAGGAUAAAAACUAUGAGCAAAGCAAUGCCUUAGCGUUAACCUUUGUAACUAAUUACAUAUCGCUGAGUGAUCUGUCACCACACUUGUGUUUGUGUAUGAUUCAUCUUGAAAUACAGAAAACCUAAACAGCCUGUGUCUUUCAUGUCAUUGUUCUGCCUUUCACAAAUGAUGAAGUGAAGACGUUCUUUCCAAGUUCAUACCGAAACGGUUAACUUUGCAACUGGAUUGUCUUUUUCUUUAUGCACAGGAUAUCUAAUUUAUUUAUGUCAGCUGGUGUUGCUGACACUUUUAUUAUGGGGGGAUACAAAAGUAUUUAUUAUGCUUCUCUUGUGUUUGAUGUUUUGUUUUUUUUUUAAUAUCAUGUUUAUGUCCUAAGAGAAGAUAUUUUAAAAAUGCCUUAUGGAUAGGAAUUAGUAUUAAGCAGUGUGUCUUGCAUUUCUUUUUAAUAGGAAAACAAAGUUCUAGAUAGAUAAAAAGAAAAAUGCCAAAAAAAAUGGUAGUAUAUUUAAGUGGAAAAUUAUGUAUUUUAAACAAGUGUGUGACUAUUAAAAGUAUAUUGCCUGGAAAAGGAAUACUACUCUUUUGUUAAGAUCACAAACUGUAUUGUUAAGGACAUUUUUAAGAGUCUGCUUAGCUGUAACACUCGUUUACCGGCAUGAGUAGUAAGCAUGGUUUCUUUUGCAGAAGACACAAAGUUCUCAGCUAACACAUUAAACUUCUCACUUUAUAUCCUUUUUUUCAGAGAAAUUUAUCUUCAAUUUUUCUUAUUCUGUGAAAAUAUUUGUUCUUAUGUCAAAUAAUUAUUUUUCAGAUUAUAUUGGUAAAGAUGGACUGAUACUAAAGUCAUAUUUAUUCUUUUACCCCCUUAUUGUGUUUUGUGCUUUUCAGUGUUGGCACAAUUAUUACCUGUCAGGUUUUCCUGGUUUAUAUUUACAUGUUUGAAAAGUUUAUUAUAUAUUUUAGUAGCAUUACAUAUAAAUUUUUAUAACAUUGUUCACUUGUGUAGCAUUUUCUGUUUCUCCCUGCUAAUAAGCAUUUCUAAUACAAGCCAGUAAAAAUGCAAAUUUACUUAGAAAUGAUAACUAAGAUCACAAUGACUAUGUACCCUUUAAAAUAUCUUUUAAUUCGAGGAAUUAUAUUCUAUCUAAACUGUGUGUCUUGUUUUUGAAAGACAUUCUUUCAGGUAGGUGGUUUUUAUUUAAACUACUCAUUUUUUUGAAGUUAAAAUGUUCAGAAACUACUGUUAUUCAUUGUAGCAGUAAUCAUUUGUGAAAUGCUUUUGACGUGUUUUAACAGAGUAACCAAAACUUUUAGGCCUGUUUUUUUGUUGUUUGUUUCUUUUUGUUUUUGGUUGUUGUUGUUAUAUUUUUAAUGGAAAUCUGUUACUCAGGCUGGUAGCAUUAAAUUAGCUUUUUACCCUCAAGUCAAGUAGAAAAUAUCAUGGAGAAUUUCAUUGUUUAGCAGGCUGUUACUUUCCCAUAUAUGAAUAGCACUUUAUGACGUAGGCUAAGCUAAGCAAAUAAUGCCGUGUUAUGUGGAUCAUUGUGCAAUAAAGCUGCAAAAGUCACAUUUGUGGUUCAGUUUGAUACUCAAGCCUUGUACAAGCACAUAUCAUGUAGACAUUUUUAAAUAUGAAGCUUUAACAGGAAUAGGAUAGCCGUUUCAAACAUUGUACAAUUGUAAAUAAAUUGUUUAGCUGUGUUUCUUUAAUUUUUAAUAAAAAAUUAAAAAGAA